AUGAACAAGCAACCUUCUCAUUACAAAAUUUGUAUCAUUGGUGGUGGUGUGGCCGGAUUGACUGCUGCCAAUACUCUCGCCGAAAAUGGUCAAAAUGAUUUUAUUAUUUUAGAAGCAAGUGAAAGAAUUGGAGGAAGAGUUUGUUCUGAUAAAGAACGAGGAAUUGAACUCGGAGGCGAAUUUGUUCACGGAGAAGGAAGUAUUUUGUGGGAUGUUUUGGCUAACAAGUUGAAAAUUCCAUUGAAAGUUGUUUUUGAUUAUUCUGCACCAAAUCCAAAGGACUGUGGAUUGGGUUUUCUUCUCAAUGGAAAAAUUUAUGAAAUUAACCAUCCUGUGGCUCAAAAAACACUUGAAAUACUCGAGCAAUUGACCACUGACGAAGAAUUGAAAAAAUCAAAAGACAUGUCUCUCAAGGAAUGGCUCGAAUGGAGAAAUAUUCCAAAAGAAUUUCACACUCUCAUUGACUCUAUUUUGGCUCAAACCAAUUCAAGCUGUAUCAACACGCACAGUGCAAAAGGAGCUCAAGAAGAGGAAUUGAGUGGAGAAGAUACAAAUAUUGGUGAAUUAAACUUCCAUGUCGAAGGAGCAAAUACGAUGGAUUUAAUUAUUCCAUAUUUGACUCGAUUGGUGAACAUGGAAAAACAAUUGAAAUUGAAUUAUUUUGUGCAUAGCAUUGAUUAUUCAGACAAGAAUGUGAUUAAGCUUAACAAUGGUGAAAUUACGUGUGAAAAAGUAAUCUUGGCAGUUCCAUUGACUAUUUUAAGAAAUAGACAAAUCAAAUUUACUCCAGACUUGUCUCCACAAAAGAAACAUCUCCUUCAAAAUCAAUUCCACAUGCACGGUGGAAUGAAAAUUCUUUUAAGAUACAAGAGACCAGUCUGGAAAGAACAAAUGCCAAAUGUCAACGUCGUGGUCGUUGGUGACGAAGAUCCAAUCAUUGCACAAUAUUGGUUUUCAAGUACUUCUGACGAACAAUGCAAAAAAUAUGGUCACAUUAUCACUGGUUUCAGUAUGAGCAGAAAAGCAGAUAAUGCUCUUCAUAUGACCGACGAAGAAAUCAAACAACAUUUUAGAAAAUUCAUUCAAAAGACUUAUCAUUUGAAUGAUGACAAUGAUGGAUAUUUGGGAGGAGAUGUUCGAAAUUGGCAACACAUUCAUCACGUUGCAGGUGCCUAUAGUUUUGCUCUCACGACCGAUGCUUCCAAGAUCCAUUACAUUGAACAGCCACGUGUGGUAUUGAGUCAACCCAUUGGUUCGAAAAUUUAUUUUGCUGGAGAGGCGUAUUGUCAACAUUCACCUGCAACCAUUCAUGGAGCAAUGGAGACAGGUCAGAAAGCAGCUCUGGAUGUUUUACAGUCAUUGACAUCUCCAUCGUCUGUUCCGAGAGGUCAUUCAAGAAUGAGUAAGCUUUAA